AAGUCAGUAAUUAAGUAACUUUUACGGGAUUGUUACGCUUUUUAAUGUUACACGCUAUUUUUUGUACGAUCGUUUUGUUUUUGAUUGGUGCAUUUUUGUAAACUACGUGCUUAAACCGGUGACUUGGUUAGUUUUUGCAAUAUUACAUUAAUAUUUACUUGAAUUUUAUACACAUUUGUCUAAUCAGUAAGUGUUGUGGGUAAUCGUAUGUGUGAUCCAUGCAUUUAAAUGUUUACUAACAUUAAAAUUGUGUGAAUUGAAUUAUAUUACUAUUAAGUAAUGUAGUUUAUAAGAAUCCAAAAUGACAGUAACUUAUACCGGCGAAGUAGCAACGUGUCGUGGGUUUGGAACAUUCUUAAAAGUUUUAUAUCGAUGGCGGGGCAGCAUUUACAAGUUGGUGUGGCUGGAUCUCCUUGUGUUCCUACUGAUAUAUUAUUUCCUAAAUUUAACUUACCGCCUGUUACUAGAUGAAGAAGCAAAAAGAACGUUCGAAGGUGUGGUGAAUUACUGCAGCUUCCACGGCAAUGUGAUCCCGCUGUCGUUCGUGCUGGGGUUCUACGUGACCGUGGUAAUGAACCGCUGGUGGAACCAGUACACCACCAUUCCAUGGCCGGACUCCAUCGCCGUCUUCGUCUCUGCCACCAUUCACGGACAGGACGAGCGGGGGCGGCUGAUGAGACGCACGAUUGUCCGCUACGUGUGUCUCUGUCUCACGAUGGUGCUUACCAUGAUCUCCCCCCGCGUGAAGAAAAGGUUCCCUACGAACAGCAACUUCGUCGAAGCUGGACUCCUUCUCGAAAAUGAAAAGACAAUCAUGGAAAACCUCAAUAACAAAUUUCCAAAGCCAUCGAAACAUUGGUUACCUAUAGUGUGGGCGACAAGCAUAGUAACGCGAGCCCGGAAGGAAGGGCGGAUACGAGACGACUUCGCCGUCAAAACAAUAAUAGACGAACUCAACAAAUUCCGGGGGCAGGCGGGCCUGCUCCUCAGUUACGACACUAUUAGUGUGCCCCUUGUAUAUACUCAGGUAGUUACCAUAGCUGUUUACUCAUAUUUUAUUACAUCAGCGUUGGGAAGCCAGUGGAUCGAUAACAAGCGGCAGUCUCACAGUGAAACUGUAUACAUCAGUAAUAUAGAUCUCUAUUUUCCGAUAUUUAGCACCUUAGAAUUCUUCUUCUACAUGGGUUGGUUGAAAGUGGCGGAGUCCCUAAUAAACCCCUUCGGUGAAGAUGACGACGACUUCGAAGUGAACUGGUUGAUUGAUAGAGACUUACAAGUAUCGUACAUGAUCGUGGACGAAAUGCACCACGAACAUCCGGAGCUGAUCAAGGACCAGUAUUGGGACGAGGUGUUCCCCACCGAGCUGCCGUACACCAUAGCCACGGAGAACCAGAGAGAAGAGCACCCGGAGCCCUCGACGGCGCGCGUGGCCGUGCCCGUGCGCCAGCGCAGCAUGGUGACGGUGGCGCCCUCCUCCGUCAAGAUCGACGAGAUGGUGCCCUCAAACACCGUGAGUUACAAGUUCGCCCCGCCCGAGCAACUCCAAAUGAACGACGAUGCACAGUCUGGCAUCCACUUUAUUGUGUCCCGUGGUAGUAAGCGUGGGAAGAAAGAGGACAGGAACUCGAUGGGGUCGACUAACUCCAUGACGUCACUGCAGCAGACGCCGAUGUCCCGGGUCGCGUCGGUCACGUCCAUGCUCAAGCGGCUGUUCUCCAAGGAGGAGCAGCGGCAAGCUGCCGGCCAGGUCGCAUCGCAACCGGAUGGGGUGUCGCGCUUUACAGUGUCAUCCAGCAAUCCAGCGCUGAAUAAGCCGACGGCGACGAGCGGCAGCAUGAAGAUAGCUAACGAAGUUAUCGAGGAGGUGGACGAGCAAGCCACCAUCACCAGCAUGAGGCAGCGCCCUGAGAACAGGCCGACCGCAAUGAGUUUAUUCAACCAAAAUCAUGUCAAUCCCAGCGAACCUGUGAAUGUACCGUCCAGAAAUUCUAAUCAUUCCAAUACGCGGCUGUCGUCGUCGGCGCCGACGAACUGGAGCCGCGCGGACGACGGCAGCCCCGCGGCCGCGUCGCUGAGCGCGGGCUCGUCGCCCAGUCUGGCCGGCGCCCGCGCGCGCCUCGACAGCGACGUCGGCGCAGAACUCAGCGCCGCCGGCAGCAACACUCUCUUGGACGAAGUGGACGGCAGCGAAGACCCCGACGCGGACGAGUUCGAGCGGCUGCGCUGCAAGCGCGAGCAGGACCGCCACGAGAAGUACCUGCAGAAGCUCAUGGCCGCGCGCUCCGUCAGCGCGCAACAGCCGACGGGAAGUGUGGAAUUGAUAGACAACGAUUUGUUAUUAGAAGACCUAUUAGCACAAUCAGCAGCAUCGAGGCAGAAAGAAAUAUCCAACAGUGAAAAGAAAGAUACCUGACAUAGUAGCUUUAUAUUCCAGUGGGAUUAAAUGAUAUCUCAGUGCAGUUCAGUAUUAGCAUUUGUGAUAAAAUAAGUCUUUACAGUGAUCUAGAUUAGUAUGAAUCAUGUGCCCAGGGCAGCCCAAGUGAUAUGGUUUACGUAUGUAUUUAUUAUUUAAGAGUAAAUAAAUCAACUUUACAUGAAUGAAA